GGGACAUUAGCUCCGCCCCUACGCAGUGAUUGACAGGUACAGGGGUAACAGCGGCGUUUUUGAAAGUACUUACAUAACUUAAAGCAGGUAUUACGUCUACUCCUUUAAGUACCAGCGGUAGAAAACACCGUCGAAGUGACCAGGAGCUGGGGAAAGUCACUGCUUUCUACUUUUAACUACCUUGGUGGAUGAGUCUACACAUGUCAUCAGUUCACGCAAGUGUGCGGAAACUGCAACACGGCCAGAGCGUCUACGCAUGUAGAGUCCAUUGUGCCAGGGAAAGGAGGCAGCAUCACACACAGACGGAGUUUCCCGAUCACACUGCCGGUGUCACUGCCCGGUGUGGACUCAUCCAUCUGACAUGGAUUUCAGCGGAUUCUAUUGACCCACCGCGAGCCAGAGGUGAGCGUGGAUGGAUGCUCGCACCCUCAUCGCUGCAAGAUGGAGAUUCUCACCCGCAGCGGUUUGCUCUGGAUUCUUCUGAGGGGAACCUUUGGUCUGAUGAUCAACAAGCUGCCACAAGCCAACGUCACAGCUGACGUGAGAAUGUCCUCACAAGUCCAUCAAGGAUUCUUGCCUUCGGGUUCUUUGGCCAGGAAUUUUGUUCAAAGCCCCAAAGCUGCCUCCACCUCUGUGUCGAAGCAGGGCUUCUGGAAUGUGCUGCGGGUCAAACCGUCAAAGCUUUCCAGGAGCUUCACUUGGGGGGACUUCCACUCCAACAUCAAGACCGUCAAGCUGAACUUGCAGAUCAUGGGCAAGAUAGUGGAUCAUGGUAACGGCUCACUGGCGGUUUACUUCAGACACAACUCCACGGGCGUUGGCAACAUGUCCGUCAGUCUCGUGCCACCAAACAAGGAGGUGGUGUUUGACCUGGAGCGCCAGAGUGUGGUCACCCCGAAAGACUCCAAGACCUUCAACUGCCGAGUGGACUUUGAAAAAACUGAGCGCAGCAAGAAGGUAGUGCUGUGUAACUACGACCCGUCCAAGACGUGUGCUCAAGAGCAGACCCAAAGCCAGGUGACCUGGCUGUGUUCCAAACCUUUCCAAGUCAUUUGCAUCUACAUGUCCUUCUACAGCACAGACUACAGGCUGGUGCAGAAAGUCUGCCCGGACUCCACUCACCACAAUCCAGGGAUCUAAUGCCCCGCAGGGACAGAAACGUGAAAGUCGUAGAAUGAAAGUCAUUUAUCAAUGUUCUAGUAAUAAGUAACCGUUGUCUGCGUAUACAGUUGUUAAUAUCAAGAUGUUCAAGUGACAAAAAUGUACUCACUUGAUAUUUUUUGACGACGUUUUACCUCUGGAUGUGGUGUACUGACAAUGGCUGUCUCUUUCAGGUGCAAUUCACGCUCUCACCUGAGCAGCAGUCAUGAGCUCAUACUCGACACAAAGAGGCCAAAAAACAAAGUAGCGCAUGUUGAGGUGUCGGGUUUGACGGAAAUCAAUAUCAAGGUGUUUUGAAAGAAGCACUGUGCUACUAAAGAGAGGACUUCUUCUCAUUCAUUUUUGGCUAAAUAUGCAAAAGCAUAAAUCCUUACACACUGAAGGAAUCUCACCUUCCAUUAAAAAGUACCUUUCAAAUUCACAGACACCAUAUGUGAGAUCUAUGGCGUAUCUCAAGCUAGAUCAGAAAGUAACUUUUAUCUCUCCAUUGACUCCUGUCAGAUCUUUUGUUAACUUCCCAUGAGGCGGAGUAGAGGGGCGGGAACUUGGCUCCCCAUUUAUUGUAGGCACACCCUAGCGUCUCUACAGCUACCACCAUCUGCUGCCCGUUUGAGCGCAUUGCACCUUGUAUAUCGAACUUUAAACAUCGACGUUUCUUCCUACUGUUGCUACAAAUGAGUGGUUUGACAGAGGUCUGCACUUUCUGAGUGCUAUUCCUGAUUGUUAGCUAUUGAUUUUAUAAACUUAAACUGAAUCCACCAACAGCACUCACCACAACAGACACCACAAUGUCAUGAAUGGUUAUUAGAAAAACUCACACAUAACUGGCUUUGCAUUCAAUACAAAAUAGUUUGUGGUUUAUUCUGUUGGGAACAAAAAAUGGCAACAACUAAGUGUCACUUGUCAUAAGUUGAAAUAUCUACAGGAACGGUUGACGAUGCUUCCUUCCACUCACGUCCGCCCAACGUCACUUUGCAAAGUUUAUGUGGAUUUGCGUUUCACACUCAGUCUAUUCUGAACAUUAAAACGUGUUCACUUCUCUGACAUUCCCCUUCAGUCGCCUGCAAAGAAAACUGUCUUGUUUGUGUCAAAUUGAAACCAUUCACACAAAAAAAACAAGUGUCUCUGUACAAAUUCCUGGGAAAAAAAUAGAAAUGACACAUCUGAGGAAAAAAAAAACAAAUGGAAUAAAAGG